AAAACCACUCGAGCACAAUUCAAGCAGCAGCGAAGGUAGCCACAACAUCCACUCUACUACUCGAGAGCUAAGAAAUCGUUCAACAGGUGAUCCAGAACAAAGAUGUGUCCGACCAAGAAGGAGAUGAGUGCCGAGUCGUCGGGCUCGGCGAGCAGCUGGACUUCGGCCUCGGCCUCGGCCUCGACCUCGACCUCGCCGGAGCACCAGACCGUGUGGACGUCGCCGCCGAAGCGGCCCGCGGGGCGGACCAAGUUCCGCGAGACGCGGCACCCCGUGUUCCGUGGCGUCCGGCGCCGCGGCAGCGCCGGGCGGUGGGUGUGCGAGGUGCGCGUGCCCGGGAGGCGCGGGUGCAGGCUCUGGCUCGGCACGUUCGACGCCGCCGAGGCCGCCGCGCGCGCGCACGACGCCGCCAUGCUCGCCAUCGCCGGCGCGAGCGCGUGCCUCAACUUCGCCGACUCCGCGUGGCUGCUCGCGGUCCCCGCCUCGUACGCCAGCCUUGCCGACGUCCGCCGUGCGGUCGCCGAGGCCGUGGAGGACUUUCAGCGCCGCGAGGCGGCCGCCGGGGACGACGCGCGCUCGGCCACAUCGCCGACGCCGUCCACCUCGGGCACCGACGACGAUGCUGCCACUGACGGCGAGGAGUCGUCACCGGCCACGGAGGUCUCGUCGUUCCAGCUCGACGUGUUCGAUAACAUGAGCUGGGAUCUAUACUACGCGAGCAUGGCGCAGGGAAUGCUGAUGGAGCUGCCGUCCGCAGUUCCGGCGUUCGGAGACGACGGCUACACCAAUGUCGCCGAUGUGCCACUGUGGAGCUACUAGAAUUGAGGACGUUGAUACCUUGAAUUUCUCUUCUUUUUCCAGUUGGCUCCCCAUGCCAAAUUUUGGGACUGUAGUGGUAAUGAAAACAGAGCAAGUUUGGAAAAGGAAAACAGAGCAUG